AUGGAGGAGCUAGCUCGAGAGAGCAUCAGCUUGCUGGCCAAGCCUGGUGUGGGCUCUGGAACCCCUAGCUUAUCCUCUGUGGGGGCUGUUUUUAUUAUGCUGAAAUCAGCAUUAGGAGCUGGACUCCUAAAUUUUCCGUGGGCAUUUAACAAAGCAGGUGGAACCGACGUGGCUCUGAUUGUGGAAUUGGGCUCCCUUGUCUUUCUGAUAAGUGGUUUGGUAAUCCUGGGAUAUGCCGCUUCCCUCAGUAAUCAGUCCACUUACCAAGGUGUGGUGAAGGUCAUUUGUGGCCCAACCAUUGGAAAACUCUGUGAAGUCUGUUUCAUCUUCAACCUAUUUAUGAUUUCUGUGGCCUUUCUCAGAGUGGUGGAGGAUCAGCUAGAGAAAUUGUGUGACUCUCUGCACGUGAAUGAGACUCUUGUUGCAGAGGGUGAAACCGCCCAGCCAUGGUACUUAGAUGCACGGUUUACUAUGACCCUUCUGUGCCUAGUGGUCAUCCUUCCCCUGUCUAUACCCAGGGAGAUCAGCUUCCAGAAAUAUACCAGUAUUCUGGGCACCCUGGCUGCUUGUUACUUGACAGUGGUGGUCAUCAUUAAAUAUUAUGUGAUGGAAAACAAGGUAGCGUUUAAAAGAGAAUAUACUUCCAGAAUUUCCUCCUGGGCGGCCAUGUUCAGUGUUAUCCCUACAAUUUGCUUUGGUUUUCAGUGUCAUGAAGCUUUUGUCACCAUCUAUAGCAGCAUGAAGAAUAAGUGUCUUACCCGAUGGGUUGUGGUGUCUGUGUUCUCCAUGCUUAUCUGUCUGCUAAUUUACUCGCUCACAGGUCUCUAUGGGUAUCUGACAUUUGGUGAUGCUGUAGCUGCUGAUAUUUUAAUGUCUUAUCCUGGGAAUGAUAUGGUUGUAGUAGUAGCCAGACUACUUUUUGCUAUCUCUAUUGUCACCAUUUACCCAAUUAUUCUCCUCCUUGGAAGGACUGUACUUCAGGAAGCCUGGUUAGAUCACAAAGGCGGUUCUAUAUACGUAACGGAGAGUUAUGAGCGUUUUCUUAGAAUCACACUGUCUGUUCUCUGGAUCCUGGUCACACUGAUCAUUGCGCUGUUUGUUCCAGACAUCAGUGAGGUUAUUUCUAUCAUUGGGGGAAUCAGUGCCUUCUUCAUCUUCAUAUUCCCUGGUUUGUGCCUGGUCUGUGCUGUCGAAACAAAACCAAUGGACCCCAAAAAAAAGUUUUGCCUGGUUGCGUGGGGUGUUAUCUCUAUCCUUUGUGGAGCCUAUAUCUUUGGUCAAAGCACAACCAUUGCGGUCAUCGAACUCUUUAACAAGUUCUGAGAUGUAUAUUGAGUCCAGCAGUUAUGACCGGUUACUGUUCUCUCUCUAAGGGGACCCUUCAGUGGCCCCUUACAGUGCACAGAGGAGACAGCCCAGUGAAAAUGUACAGUCAGACUUGUAAUGCACAAAACCACUCUGCUAACAUGCCACAAACUACCCUGUGCACAAAGAGGACAGCCCAGUGAAUAUGUACAGUCAGACUUGUAAUGCACAAAACCACCCUGCUAACAUGCCACAAACUACCCUGUGCACAGAGAGGACAGCCCAGUGAAUAUGUACAUUCAGACUUGUAAUGCACAAAACCACCCUGAUAAUAUGCCACAAACUACCCUGUGCACAGAGAGGAUCGGAUUCCAAAAUCACUGUAAAGAAGGCUGUGUCUUUCUUAGAGGA